AAUCGUCUUCGUGUUCAAUUCGGUUUUCGUUAGGUCUUCCAAUCGCAUCGUGCUUCUCCCAAAAGAAAGGGAAUCAUCGUCCUCGUCCUCGUCCUCGUCCGACACGUUGGGAAUCUCGUCUUCAUCGCGGAAUGGGGCGAGAUCUGCGUCUCUAGCGUCGUCGCCCGGGGGGGCCUUCCGAUUCCGCUCGCAGUUUUCUAAUUCGUUCUUCCCUCUUCUUCCUCCGAGACUUUUCUCUCCAAGAUUUUUUUUUUUUUUUUUUUAAUUUUGUUCGGAGCAUUUCUUUUAUGGCUGCGUUGAGACGCGCGCUUCAAUUGGGGAUCAAGUCGGAGAGAAGCCUGUCGAGUUUCCGCGCUUUGAACGCGUAUUCGACGUCGAGCCCUUCGUCUUCGCCGGUCCAUAGAUUUGAUUGCAGACAGUUUUCUCAGCUCGUGAAGUCGAAUGGGACCCGCGCCUGUCUCGUCGACACGUUGGCUCUGGUGAGGAGCUUGGAAGCACAGGGCGUGCCAUCGAAGCAAGCUGAGGCGAUAACAUCUGCGAUCAUAGAGGUUUUGAAUGAUAGUUUGGAGAACGUGGCCCAUUCUUUCGUGUCGAAAGUAGAAAUGCAAAAGACUGAAAUUAUUCAAGAAUCGAACCUUUCGAAGUUCAAGUCUGAAGUACAGAGUUCGCAGGAACAUCAUUUGACUCUGUUGCAACGUGAGACUGAAAAACUUCGUGGUGAUAUAGAUAAGACGCGUAGUGAAUUGAAGUAUGAGAUAGACAAAGUUACUGCUGGGCAAAGAUUGGAUUUAAAUCUUGAGAGAGGGCGGAUACGAGAUGAACUAGCCAACCAAAAUGCUGAAACCACCAAUCUCACAAACAAACUUGAUCGGGAAAUUCAUGCCUUGCGAGCCCAAUUGGAAGCAGCAAAGUAUGACGUGAUUAAAUACUGUAUUGGUACUCUUGUUUCAAUAUCUGCUGUUGGUCUGGCUGUUCUUCGUAUUUUGAUGUAGGGGAUUUAUAACCCCAACAAGACUUCAUUUGUGAUUGUUCACUCAAAUUUGGAUGCCAAGGACUUGGAAAGAUCCAAUUUUAGCGGGUCAACAUGUCCAAAAGGCAACUCCUGGUUGGCUGGAGUUAUUGUCAUGAUUUUCUUUGGAUUUUUACAAGGAGUUGCUUUCAAAUUUGUAUUGUAGUUCUCAGCAAAAAGUUGAUCAAUAUUUGCAACGUCACGAUUCUUUGUUAUUCCAGCAAUUUAAUAAAAUAUUUGUA